CACAGGGGAGAGUGGGGUAAGUUGAGCCAAAGGGUAAGUUGAGCCACCCCCUGUUGUUUAGUAGUGGUAAAAGAUAUUGAUCAUGUGACCAAAUAUUUAGGAGAUGGGCAUCAAUUCAUGGAGUCUGAAGAUUAGAAGCACAUGGGUAAAGGGGUUAGACAUUUAUUUAAAAAUAAAAACAUUUUUCUCUCUUGAAAGUGAAUUUAGUCUGUCAUAAAUUUUAUUAGAAUUGUGUUCAGACCAAAAAAGCUCAUUUUAAAUUUGAUUUAUACAUCAAUUGUGGUAUCUAUGAGCGACAACAUGAGGUCAGAAACCUGGCAUAAAAGUCCACCAUUUUAGCUUAGAGGACUAAUAAAGUCAUCAUAGUAGUUCUGGGGUAAGUUAAGCCAGUUGCUCAACUGAGAAAGUAAAAGAGUCUGAUGAAAGGAUCAGAGUUUCAGCUCAGAUUGUUGUAAUUAGUUACUUUUUCUUUUCAAAAAUAUAGCUGUGAAUGUUCUGAAUCACUUAAAGGCAUUCUCAUGUUAAAAUGGCUUUUUACAAAACAGCUUUUUAGCAGUUAUAUGUAAUAAUAAUAAAAAUAAUUAUUGCACCAGUUGAAUAGAGUAUAAUAGAUAAAAAUACACAUGAAUGUGAAGAAGUGACUGUUAUUUAGGGAGAGAGAAGGUGAGGGAGGGCUGGGGUGGAGAGUGGGGAUACGGCUCAACUUACCCCGCUCCUAUGGUCAACUUACCCCAUACACGGCGUAAGUUGACCAUAGGGGACCACUUUUUUUGGCAUGCUAUAUUAUCAAGACAGUUAUGUUUACACUCAUUCUGUUGGUUUGCAGGGAUGCACAACGUCUUGAACAGUGGCGAUUGCUCUAAGACUGCAAGGGAAGCUCGGCUUCCCUUAAAAUGUCACCCCCCAAAAAAAAGAAAAAGUGGUGAAAUACGUACUGCUGUGUGUACAUUUCAUUAACUAAAUACGCACUACAAAGCCUUCAUCUUUUGUUCAGACACUGUGAUAAGAAGCUGAUAAUUAUAGGUAACCGGCAUAACUUCGUUCUCAUUCAUCCUCGCAGCGCCUCAGCGCUUUAAACAGCCGGACGCUGGGCUUCUGCUGACUUCAAUGUGGAAGCUAAAAGUGGGUUGUUCCAGCAGCGAAACUAGACGCUCAUUGGAUAAAUGCUGGGCUUUGUCCCGCCCAAUGGAAGCUAAGCUUCACUGGAGUUCUAUGGCGAGAGGGCGGUCCCGACUUUCUCCCGGACUGCAAGCUUCUGCAUCCAUGAUUGGAUGAGCUGUCUGAGGCGAAAUCCUUUUUUGAUUGACAGCUAAACAAGCGAAUCAGCGAUCUUAAAGAAUAAAACAUCUACCAGAGCAUUUUCCAAGUCAUUCAUUCCGUUGUUCUUAACUGCUCCGGAGACUUUACCGAUCCUCAGCGACUUCUGUCUUUAUUAAAAACGACUGCCGUUGUGUUUGGCGACUCUGUUCUGUUACAUACUAAUAAACAAAUACAAUUAUGAUGUAGGCCAAAGAAUGAGCUUCCCCUCAUUGAAAGACCAGCAGCCGCCACUGGUCUUGAAAUAUAUGCAGAUACACUAGUUAGAGACAAAACUAUGAUUGCUUUGAUAUAGUGAUCCGAAAUAUGAAAAAUGGCUCAUCUUACCCCACUGUCCCCUAUUAUCCAUCUGGUUUAGGGGCUUGUAAAAAGGAUGUUUAUUCAGUGUGGACUAACACAAAUUGUGUUGUGUUCAGCAGCUUGGCAGUUCAGCAAUUUGCAUUUAUCAUGGAGAAGGUCUCAAGUCCAGGUACACAGCCUAACUCAGGCCUGUCAGUGAGUUUACACCUGAUCCUUCAGAGGUUUUUAUGCAUCUCCCUUACUUUCAUUUUAUCUCUCACCACCUAAAAACUCAAGAUGAUAGGAGGUCAAGUGGUGGUUUAAAAAUGUCGUAAUAAGAUCAAUGUCAGUUGCAAAGUUAAAGCAUUACACAAAUCAACACUAAGGACUGUUUGUUGAGCAAAUACUAACACCAGCUGGGAAUUCAUUCAACUGGUUACCGGCAUCCUAUUACGUAACAUACCCAAAAUGUGGAAAAAAAAUAGUCGGGCAAAUAUUGACAACACAUUUUUCCAGUAAAGCCACAGUGGAUCCAUGCAAACAUAAAAAAAAAAACUCAUAUAAAUUUUCAAGCCAAACCAAACAAAAGGUGGUUCUCCUUUUAUUUACAGACCCACACUUUGUUUUAUGACAAACACAGCUCCUCCAUGGGGACCAAACAUUUAUUUCAACAUUUUUAGAAAUUUUAAAAAAGUUGUCAGAACAAGCUAAUAAAUCUCAAAAGAUCAGACAAAAAAGGAAAAGGAAAGUUAGAAAAAAAUCAGACAGAAGCUUGGAUAUCCUCAAGUGGUGCCCAAUGUAGUUCUAAAACAAAAAUGUUGGCAAGGAAAAUAUUUAUUUGCAAACAGUGAUAAUGGUUGUAUAAUAAUGUCAUGCAAAAUGAGCCAAGCAUUUUGUAAAGACGAACACUAACAUAUGCAGAUGGAAUUGAGUUAAUAACCACAGCAUGUGCAUGUAAAUGAACAUCUAUAUAAAACUUAAUGUUUACAUUCUUCUGUUUUUGCUCUCUAAAUCCCUUUAAUGAAUCCUGAUGCUGACAUUUAAACUUGUCAAGAUAUAAAAUUCUCUCUUGAAAAUCACAAAAGUAAACCAAAAUUUAUAUCCUGUAGCAGUCCUCCUGAUGUGAUUUGUUCCUGAUAUUCAAAUAUUGGCCUUCCGGCACUCUGACCUUCAUUGAUUAUCUGUUAGUGUUACCACAGUGUUUGCUGAAGACAAACAGAAACAACGACAGUGAACCUCCUGGAAAAAGCUUUUGGAUUUAUAUGUGAAUUUAAGGUUGUUGUUUUUUGUUUUUGUUUUUGUUUAUAUGUUUGUUUUUUUUAAUGUGUUUCAACCGCUUUUGUCUUUUCUUAUUUUACCACCGAUUUUGUUUUUUUUAUUUAGUUCAUUAACUGUAAAUCCAAUGAUAGUCUGAGCGGCUGAAGUUUGUGAUGAGUAAGGGCUUGGCUCUUCCUUUAUUGGACAGUCUCAAUCCUCCCCACAAAUCGAUAUUUUAGAGUUGUACAAAAAGCUGUUGGACUCUUGAUAGAGGAGGAAGAUUUUACAACACAAGACAAAUGGCUGGAGCUUUUCACUUCACAAGACUCUUCCCAAUUCUAUUCUUUGUUUUUUACAUCUCUGACAGCAUAGAUGGUAAGGAACUGUAAUUUGUCUGCACCUCGCUGAGUCAGGAGGCAAAAAAUACAUAUUAAAAGAAAUCAAACCCCUGAAAGUUGUUGUUCAUGUCAACUUUUCUUCUUUUUUUCCAGUCAAUAAGGAUGAGUGUACGUCACCCACCCCGACAGAAAUUCCAUGGGAUGUCCAGUCAGACAGCGUGACAAGGAUCUUAGUGAGUCAACACAACUGUGACUUAUUGAGUGCAGAACUGCAUAAAUACAGCAUGUCUGGGCAACUCUUUUAAUGCUCAGUCAUAUACCCUAGUGUCUCCAGAUUACUCUAAAAGAUGCAAUAAACCCAGACCACACAAAUUAAACUUUAAGCGAACAAUAUUGUAUGCCUUGUAUUGCUUGUGUGUAUUGCGAUGUUUGAUUUUUGUCAGAUAAUCUUGCUUUUCUUUGCUUUUUUUAAAAAUAAUUUUUACCCAUUAUAUUUCCUUUGCUCCUUUACAGGCUACCCUAAAAUGUCCUGGUGAGUGUACACGUUUGUCCAUUUCAAACAUACUAAUAGAUGAAAUAUUCUAACAAAAAGUGAUAUGUCUCAUAUAACAGAAGGUUAAAGUUGACAAGAGGUAGCUUUAUGCUGAAGAAUUUAAAUCUCAUAGUAAGGAUUUUUUGUGUUUAUGAAAUAGACUGAAGUCACAAUAAAGUCCCUUUAUGGCACACAAAAGCAAACAAAACCAUAAGAGACAAGAUUAAAGAUUUUCACAUCAUCAUUUUUUAUGCCUGUAACAGUGGGAGGAAGUAUGCGCCAGCGCAGCAGCUGAGGAAACAGCCCUUUUUUUUUAUAUAUAUAUAUCAAAUAUUCAUUAUAAAUGAUUCAUUUGAUUGUCAAAGGCAGCUGGAUGAGAGUUUUUGUCAGAAGACACUACCUGUGUAAAGACUGCUUCUUUCCACAGGGACACUGAAAUUGACACAAACCAAAAGUUCCCCACAGGAGCUUUACGUCUGAUUUUAGGGAAACUGCAACAGUAUAAAGAACAAAAACUGUACGUGUAAAAUUUGUGCAAAAGUUGUUUCCUUUUCAUGAAAAUUAACCAAUGGGAUUGCAAUUUGUUUCUAUCACAGUUUCUUCAAUAUCUACCAUCACAGCAAUACCUUUUGCACAAGCAAAACAAAGUACUAAACAUUCCCUUUAACAGAAGGAAGAUUAAGAAAAUGUAGGUAAAUAUGAAUAUUUAGAGUGAAAUUCACAUAGUGGUGUAGAUGGACGUAGAGGACAGAAUACAUGACAUUAUAGGAUCAUAAAAUUUACAUGUGACAUUUUGAGUUAAUCUGCCAAACUAAACUUCUCCUCAGGCAUGGAAGACGAGCUGUCAGAGGUUGACAGGUUGAUUCAGCGCACAAGUGAGCGCAACACUCAACUGGGUGAGUAUUGACCCUGUUUAAAAGAGGCUGAGGUGAAUAUCUUACAAGGAUUGGUGAACAUAAAACUUUUAAAUCCCUGUGAUAUGACUUUUGCUCUGUUUGACAGAAAAUGAAGCAAUGGGCUUAAGGAGGAAUCUCAGACAAGUAAACGAUCAGCUUUCCACAUGCAGCUCCACAGCCUCAGCCAUUACUGAUUGUAAGCUUGAGGUCAAAAUCCAGAUUCUGAUCACAUGAUACGAGUACUGCUCACAGAUUAAUUCCAACUCUCUUUUCAUUUCACUGACAGCAUAUCAAACCCACUUACAGACCAAACUGAAGAACCUGUUGGGCAAUUUAGACAGUGAUAAAUCUCUGAGUAAGUCCACCUGACCCUCAAGUCCAAGCUGUCCUAUUUCAGAAGGAUUAAUCUGCUUACUUAACAGUUUUUUUCUGUACUUCUGCUUUUUUGUGUGGUAAUUAAACACCAACAGAAUCUACAUCUUUUUCAUCCAUGGUAAAGUAAACAAGGAAAUGCAAUCAUCAGCAUAGGCCAUGCAGCUAGCUGGUCUUUUUACACCGGUCUGGCCUCUAUGUUAGUAUUUAGGGCUUUAUAAUAGGUGUUGUGUCACCAAAAUUCCCUUACGCAUUAAUUGGUUCCUGUUGGAAAAAAAUCUUUGAUAGUUAGUUUGGGAAAAUGUGCUGAAAUAUAGUUUGGGGUCAUAUAUUUGGCGUUUUUUCCCCUUUAGUUGAGUCAUCCCUUAAAGCAACUGCACUUUUUACUGAAGCACUGCAGAGCUUUUCUUUAACUGAUUGAAACUGUUUCUUGCAGCUCUGAAAGUCAUUUCUAACAUCAAGGAGGUUAUUGCAUUAAAAAAUAGACUCCAGCAUGCUGCCAACUCUACCAAAAGUGCUGCUGAAAUUGAAGGCAAGUGUUUUAUCUUGAUUACUCUUCAUCUUUUCCAAAGUGUAGUAGUUUACAUUGAACCCAGCUGCUGCUGUAAAACAAGAACUUGGGCUCCUGCUGCGUUAUGUUUUCAUCUACAAUGCUAAUUUUUCAGUUUCACUUGCACUAUGUUAGUGCUGAAAUUGUUUCAUCCUGAAACUUUGGUUUCACAGCAAUACAGAGGGAGCUGCAAAAGAAAACCAGUGAGCUCAACAUGAAGAUGACACAGAUAAAUGACCCGCUAAGUAAGGGCAUCUCUUUUUAUUUACAAGAUAUAUAAACUUUAAAAGGAAUGAAAAAUAAAGACACUGAACUGUUCUGAUUCAUGCAGACUCAAAGUGGAAAUAUCAGCAGAAAGAAAGUGGUGAAAUCAAAGUAAACAAUCUUAUUUGACUUGAUUCUAUGUUUUGACAGUUGCUGAGAUUGUCUCACUGCAAAAACAAAUCUGGGAUUUAGAACAGACGGAAACAGGAAGAGACAACAACAAUCUUCUGCCCAGCAGAGAAGUUCAGGGUAAAAUUUUUGUCCACUUGACCGAAAUACGUGUAUAUUUUUAAAACUGUGAAGUUUUCUUCUCUAAGUUCAAGGCUGUGCCAAAUAAGGUGAGACGCUGCAACUUUUCAGACACAAAGUAGCAGAAUGUAAUUGUUAACCUUCUCCUUAAAUUCAAAUAAAUGAAUAUAAUUUAUAAUGUACAUUGUCAGCACAGAAAGGUAAAUGAAGACAACAUAUUACAGUUCUCUUCUUUUUUUAGGAACUUCAAGAUCUUUUCCAAAUUGUCAAAGACAAGCAUUCUGGCCUCUCAGCCUGCCCAAAUUUGUAUUUAUAUAACAUUGUAAGUUAAACUUAAAAAUAAUCAUAUAAACAGAAAAAUAGAUUAAAAACUAAUACAGGAUAUGAAAUGCAGGCCCAUAUUUUCCUUUUGUGGAUUAAAGUUCAGAGGUCUGCUCUCGAUAAGAAGUAAAUACACACACCAAAACAAACUAUAAGCACAUAUUUAUAAACAAUGUGAAAUGUAAGAAAUAAGAAAUAUUUAAGAAAUUUUACUUUACUAGCAUCACUCGCCUGCUCUUGUACUGUCUGCAUUGUGGAGACUGCAACUCCAGCGCACAAACAAACGCAUGCACACCAACAUGUACACUGGAAUAUCAUGCACUGCUUUGUACUGUUCUGGGCAUCAGAUGCUCUACUGAAACUGAACUUUUCGACAUGUUUUACAGGGUUGCAACACACACUAGGGACCUUGUUUUUGAAUGACCUUAAGCUCUGUGUUGAGAAAUGUCAGUGCACACCGGCACCAAAAUAAGCAGAAAAAUUCUCUUGACUUUUUUUUUCAGAAUUCUGUCUUGUGAAAGGAAAUUUAAUUCAGAAUUUAAAAAAGAAACAGUUCUUCAAAUUUGUUAAUCCAGUGGCUCAAAUCCACUUCCUAAGAGACAAAAGUUAAUGAAGACAUGUCCCUCCCCAUUGUCAUAUUCAAUGUUUUAACCACUGUCAUUGCUUGUCAUUCUUGUUUGUCAUCUGUGUGCCUGUUUGUAAAAGUCACAUUGUCUCAUUAUUUCACACUGUUGAUCUGUUUUGGCCAUCUUUUUGAAUGUCAUUGCUGUUUUUCUUUCUCAUUGUUUGUGUAAUCAUUUUUCACUUUAUCAGCUUUAGAAGAACAACUGAACCCGAAGCUCAGUGAGCUACAGAGAAGGAAAAACCCAUCCUCAACCAGUAAGUUUACAUCUUCAAUAUUUGGUUUUGAAGUUAAUUUUGUUGAAUGAUGUAAGAUUUCCUGACAUCCAUCCUCCGCUCCUCAACCAGUGCUGGCGCUGAUUACUGUGCAGAACAAGAUCACUAAGAUACAGAAGCUCAUCACUAUCGCCAUUGAGCAAUCCAAAUCUGGUGCUACAGGUAAGAAUUUGUGUAAUGAGGUCAAUAUCACACUGAAUCUACCGUCUGUGAUAUUUUUCAAGCUUCAUUUUGUUCAGAAUGAACAGCUUUCAUUCUGUUUCAGUCUUUCAGAAAAAGCGGAGUGAAAAAAUUGAGCUCCUUAAACAGAAGAUUGGAGAGUUGAAUGACGAUGAGAAUAACUCAGACCUCAGUAAGUGGACUCGUCUCCAAAAAGCAUUUUUUUUUCUUCUUGAUAUUAUUUAGUUUACUGCAGCACAAAUUUGACUUCAUCUGUUUUUUUUUGUUUUGUUUCUGCAGCAAAGGAAAUUUUGGCGCUGCAGUUGGAAGUGGAUCAGCUUAGAGCCUUAAUUAAUAAUGCCAAAAAGGCAAAAACUUCACAAAUUAUUGGUAAAAAAAUCUUCACAGAUCAAUGAAACUUGAUUCACUUAUAUUUAAGUGGAAGUCACACUGUGGAAACAACUUGUGACGAUUAGGAAGAAAAUGAACAAAAUGUUAUUUGGAAGCAAAGUCAUGAAGUUCUUAAGUAAUGAAUGAUUUUUUUUCUUCUUUUUUUUUACCAUAGAGCUUAAAGUGAUUUUGGAAACGGAGAGGACCAAGCAAUACAACUUACAGAAAGAACUGGAGGCAGAGGAUUAUGCCAAGGCACAGCAGAGUGAGUCUAAAAAAGAGAGAACAAAAGUGUAUGAUCAGUGAUGUUUGAAACCAGAGUCUACCUCUGUGAGGAGUUUUUUACUCUUUAUUCUAAAAUACCAUGACACUCACAUUGAUGCUUUUUUUUUGACUAUGGACAAAAUCAAACAAAACCAUCAGCUUCAUGACUCAAGAUUUUUAAAUCCUCGGUUUUCAUACAUGAAUUUGGUGUGAAGGGCUAGGUCUCGGCCAUGCUGCUGAAAAAACAACCCUGCUUUAACAGUUUUACAUAAAACACUCAAAUUGAAUGAUGUGUUUGGGAUCAAAGUAUAUCUAUCUAUCUAUAUUAGACUGACAGAAGUCAGCACACACACACACACACACACACACACACAGUUUUUACUAUUAAGACAAACACUGCAAAGCAACUGUAAACACUUUUUUUCACUGAUAAAACACCCUCAAAAGUCUAAUGAUUUUAUCCUUAACUUUAAUCAGUCUUGAAAAUUAUCACCAUGAUGAAAGAGCUGAGGGAGCUGCAGGCUGCUGAGCAAGAUCAGGCAGGGGCAACCAACACCACUACCACCACCACCACCACAACAACACCAACAACAAGUGGUCAAGUCAAUAGUGAGUCCAACUGUCCUUUGUCCCUUAGUAAAAUUAAAGAGCUGUCAUAAAAUUCAAGAGCUGCCUAUGAACCCUCAAAACCAGAGGCCAUUCAAACUGGUGUCUUAAAUCUCUCACACUCUGUUGUCUGAAUCAGCUCUUCAAAAACUGCUUGAAACUAAAGAGAGGGAAUAUGCCAGUGCUCAGGCUGAGAUACGCGGUGAGUUCAUAUAUUUUUCUUCUGAAAACACGUGUGAACAUUUUCAUAAUCUGACUCCAUCCCUUUUACAUCAGAGCUGCAGACGAAGCUGCAGUUAAAGAGUGAAAAAUGCUCUGGACCCAAAGACAAAUAUGAAGGUGAGUUUUCAACCCUGUGACAGCCAAACGCCCUAAAGAGUCUGGUUUGAAUCUUGGUAUGUCUUUGUGGGGUUUUUCAGAGAUUAAGACCAAGUUUGAAGAGAAUAUUGCAGAGCUGAACAGAGCUGGGGACUCAAAGCCAGCACUGGGUGAGUGAAGUAUCAACACAGUUCAGCUUUUUUCAGAUACUGAUGGUUUUGUUUCUGAUGUUUUUUGUUUGUUUGUUUUGUUUUGUUUUUCCUGUGACAGUUCUGAGUGUGAUUAACCUGCAUCAUGAUGUGAAGACUCUGAGAGAUCAAAUCGAAGCCUCAGAAGACCCAGACAGGGUCUCAGGUGAGUAACAAUGGUCACUUUCAAUGCUCAACACAAAGGUAAAAGUGUUCUAGUUCUUUCAUUCACUAUUGGUUUCACUUUUUAAUAACUCUCUGGCAGAGUAAUAUCUUUUUAUUAGAAAAUCUAUGCUGCAAGACGUGGCAGAAACUUAAAUCAAUUCAGCUGUUGCUUUGAUUAAAACAUUUGUGCCAUAAAAAAGAAAAAAGUGCCUUAAAACAUUUUAUUUCCUUUUGUUUUAACAAAAGUUUGUUACAUUAAUGAAUAAAACUUUUGUAUGUUAGAUUGUUUGACUUUAAUCUCUGUGACUACUUUUCUCCUCACAGAGUUGAAGAAUCAACUGGAGAGGAAACAAAGUGAACUGAACUCAAAGUCUGAUGAGAUUGAAAAAGUGUUUUCCAACCCAAAUAUAAGUGAGUUCACUGAUUUGAUUCUCUGCUUUAACCUCAGUCUUUGUUUUUAUCCCAAACAACUACCUAGAAGCAGGGCCACAAUGUAAAGUUUUGUGUUUGACAAAUGCUGACGUAAAGCUCCUGUGAAACUGCCUUUAAAUGAGUUAUGAAACAGAGCGAAAUGAAUACAGAUGCCUCUCAAUAGCCAGGUUUACAUGUGCAAAAUUUUCCUGAUCCGAUUAAAAAUUUGAGGGAUAAUCUGAACCCACAGUUUAUAUGGGUGCAAAAUCAAAUAAUCCAUUUGUAGGAGGAGAAGCAUUUGGACAUGCACAGAGUUGUCUAAUUUUGCCAAAACAACUACAGAAGAAGGGUUGUAUCUACGCCUGUGCUGUCAGCAAACCAUCAAACGCUGUAAUGGCUCACUCCAUCCAAUUCAGGAGUUUUCCCCCUGUUAAAUGUUGUCACUAGAUGGCGCCCUUGCGUACUUAUUUUACUGUUCUGUCAAAGGUUGCACUCAGAGCAAUGGAUUAAAACAUUUUUGUUUAAUCCAUUGCUCUGGUUGCACUGUGCGUGCAGAUGUGACAUCAUUACGCUGUAUGUACGCCUUGUUAUGUUAUUGGAGGAGCAGGCACGGCAUCUGUGGUUGUAUAUUAUGCCAGAGUGUUAAUAAUGAUUCCUCCUGUACUGACCUCAAUAAAUAAACCAAAGGCUAAAGAAUGAAGAUUGAGCCAGGUAAUAGAGUCAUGAUCGGAAAAAAGUGUUGACAAGGACGCGUUUCGGAAUAACGAUCGGCAUAAACCACCCCUCUUGAUCGGAAUACAAUUUCUUUCCGAUUGAGCCGAAUUGGAUCAGAAUCUUCCGAUUGACAUGUUUAUAUGACGCAUUUUUAUUCUGAUCGGGCAUUUUUUUAUUUUCCGAUUAUUUGUGCUAUGACCUAUUAAAGCAAAAUCAGUUCUUAGGCAGCAGGACCCAGACUUCUGCCACAGGGUAGAUGUCAGAUGUGUUGAGUGAGUAACUGGAAGGAGCCAAAACAGUCUCUGUUUUAAACAUUUUUUCACAGCAAAGAUUCUCAGUUAGAGACACAUUUGAGAGUGGGGAAAAAAACAACAACACAAACGUGUGUGGGGUAUACUCAGCAAUAGAUAAGAGGCUCCACUUUGUGUAAUAGACAACAAAAAUGGCCCUGUAAACUUUAAAGAGCUACAGUUCUCUGACAAAGGGUCCAUACUAUAAUAAUCAAAAAUCUUAAAACAUGAAUACUUUUAGUUUUUUUUACGUGUCUGAUACAGAGUCUAUUUAUGUUAUAUCUUCUCAAACCUUUAGUAUAUUUUGUAAUUAUCCAAAUUCUCCAAACAACUCAAAAAACAUCUGCCAUCCAUGAAAUUAAACAAACUUAAGUAUAUUUUUACAAAGUACACAUUACUACAAGCUCAAAAUGAUCUCAAAGAAUCUUAAAGAAGAUGACAGCAGAUGUGUUGAGUGUUUGACUUUGAUCAAGAGGAAUCGACAAUCCAAAGAAAAAAAUAUAUAUAUGGAAAUUUGUUCAAUCAUAAUAGAGGAACGCUUUGAACAAUUUCUGAACACAAAUGCUUUAAACUGCCUGCAUGUUUUUAUGUUUCAGUUCUGACAGUCAUUGAGCUGCUGGAUGAUAAAUGGGACCAGCAGGACUCCAGUGACUCCUCUUCGAGCUCUACACAAGGUUAGUCUUUGGGUAAAUGCCUAAUCUGUUUCAAGUUUCAUUUGAUUGGACUCACUGGAGGAUAUGGUGGAGAGAUGCACACUGAGAAAGGUAGAGGCCAUUCUGAAGAACAUGGAUCAUUCACUCCACAACACCUUGAUGGACCAAAAAAACAACAGUGGUGGACGACUCCUCUCUCUUCACUACAGGACAGAAUGAUUCAGAAGAUCAUUCGUACCCACAGCUAUCAGAAUUCUUGAUUCCCUUUGGGGAUCAAUAAAGUUCUUGUAUUUUAUUGUGAUCUAUAAUUUGACCAUGAAAACACUACAAAUAAGUUCAGUCAUAAUAAAUGCACUUUUUGUUUCUAGAUUAUGAAGACAGAAUUGGUGCCCUCAUCAGUAGAAUAAACGGCGAUGAAAGCACAAAAUUGUGUAAGUUUGUAACAGCACUGAGCAGAGAGGAUCACAGACGAGUAGUUUGGUCCUGCAGAGUUUGUCAAAGGCUCCACCACACCCUAUUCUGGUUUAAUCUACAUUUUUGCUCCUUCUGUUCUGAUGUAUUUCAGUGCUACAACUGCUAACAUUGCAGACACAGCUGGCAGACGUACAACCAGAUCAGACCACUCGUAAGAAUCUUUUCAGGACCUGCUGCUGAGAUUUUUAAGUGUUCUCAUUGUAUCCACAUCAUCUGUAUGUCUCUGAUUAAACUGUUGUAACUUUUUUUUUUAAAUAUCUCUUAGAGCCCACAGAUGAGCAGGUGGCCAAGAGGCGGGAGCUGCAGAAACAGAUCAAUGAGCUAAAAAACAAGAAUCAGGCAAACAGCAGAUUGAGUAAGUACGAAAAGGGGGCAAAGUGUCUAAAUUCAUUCAAGAAAAAUAUAAUUACAGAUGACUAAUAGAUUACAGGACAGGCAUAAAAUCAAACACCAUGUAAUCAGCUGAUGGACACAAAAUGCUCCGACAAAGUUCAGUGUAGAAUGGAUGUCUAUAGCCCCACCAUGAGAAGUGACCCAGUGAGACGGAUUGGAAGAGAAAAUGUGGUUACGGGGCUGUACAUGCACUGGGAAUAUAAUAACUGUAUUAGAUAAGUCAGGUUGCUAUAUAGCCUGGUGUUAAUAUUCUAUUUCACCCCUGACCUUCAUAAAAUGUUGUGUUUGUUUUUCAGUUAAUUCGGUCACUGAUCUGCACAAUGAUCUCAGAAACCAAGAGAAGAAAAAGAAAAAUGAGGGCAAAACUUCAGCUUUAAUUGCAGGUGAGUGUCUCAUUUCCCACUGAAAUGACUGUGUCAGUGUAUCACUAGCAGCAAGUAAUGAUUCACUUAUGACUCUUUCCAGAGCUCAGAGAACAGCUGGAGGCAAUUAAGGAAGAGCACUCUCAUGAUCAAGCUCAGAUCCAGAGUAAGUUCAGUAUCAGUUAAUCAAAAUUCUACUGCUAAAAGAACAUUGAUAAAAAAAGGGUGUGAUUUUUGUACUUAAGCUCUGCAGAAUCAGCUCAACCAGACAGAGGAGGAGUGUGCCAAUAAUGAGCAGAAAAUUGAAGGUGAGAAUUGUCUGCAUUUACUUGAUACAAAAUGUACCGUCCCAGCUGACCACCAGAUUCACACCCUUAAACUUCAAUUCUUUAAAAUCAAUGAAAAUGUGAUCUUUUUAAAGCAGCUGUCACCAAAAAAAUGAAGAACCCUAAAACCUUUUUUUUCUUUUCAAUUCAAAAACAUUUGGAACAGGUAAAAACAUUGUUUCAAAUGGUUUGAUGGUUGACUCUAAUUAAAAUGUAGGGAAACAGCCACCACUUAAGUUUCAUUGUUAAAGCCUGCACACAGUAUAUCACAGUCCCGGAUCUUCAGCGCAUGCACUGACGCAACAACACAGUCUGUAUUCAUCUUCAUGUACCAACUAACUUACUUUACUGCUUGUCUUUUCCUGCUUUUUACUCACCACAUCUCCUGUCUGAUAAAAGCUAAAAAAAGACCCAAAAAAGUAACUUAAAGAAAAUGUAGCUUUUAUUCCAUGAAUUGAUUUACCCUCUGAGUAUUGAACAGACACAAAAGAUAAAGUCUGAGCAGUUUACUGCCAGCCUGUCAGCUUGCUAGCGUGUAGAGAAUGGGGUAUUUCAUACAUUAAUGACAGUACCACCGACCAAAAAGCUGCAUAAGUUGUUUAGAGGUCAAAUAAAGAUAAUAAUGGGCGUAAGGAGCAACUAGGGCCAAGAAAAUACUUGUGUCCCCACAUCUUCAUAUAGAAGGUUCUUAGGUUCCUGAUAAUAUGAGUGUGUCUUUGCAGAUCUUCAGGAUGACUUGGAUGCCAAACUGAAGGAGCUGGAGUCAAAAUCAGACACAGUGACUUCACUUGGUGAGUGCUAAUUCAAGGACUGAGAUUCCUCUACUGUCAUUUGAUUUGUUUCCAAGCAGAGCCAUUGAGAAAGAAAGUGUAAGGUUGAUUGAUGAUUAUCUGUAACUUUUAAUACUGUAUACUGUAGUUUUUUUAAUAUAUGUAUAAAUACUUUUGUUUUAUAUGCACAUCAAUGUUAUAUGUUAUGAAUAUGUUUGAAAUUCAAAGAAAAAACAGACAAUCUGGAUACCAUUGACUUUCCCCCAUCCUGUCUCUUUAGCUCUUCAAAUUUCCACAUUAACUCAGCAACUGGAGGACCUUAAGAGACAACUGCAAAAAUCUGAUUCAGAGAGCAAAAUCAAAAGUAAGAGAGUAUUAUAUUCAAGAUUCUUUGUUUGAUAUAACAAGAAUACUGAUAUUUUUUUAGCCUUGGCUGAUAUAAAAUAUGUACUUUGCACUAGCAGCUUUGUGCUGCAGGUGAAGAUGCUGGCAGCUCAUCUUUACGAUCAGAUACAAACAGGAGCUGAAAUCUAAAUGGGCAUUUUUGCACUUGAACAUCAUUAGUACAAUGGGCUUAAUUAAUUUUGGCUAUAAGAUUCUCAUUUCCUGCUUCUAUUGAAGCCAUAAUCUUUGAAAAUUCUUAAAUACCAUGUUGUCUAGGUUAAUAACUGGCGAAUAACUCUAAUGUAUGCACAAAACAUCUUAACAUCAUCUUUGUACUUUUUCUUUGUUCUGCAGAACUUCAAAAAAUUAUUGAAGAGAAAACUGAUGAGCUGGCCAAGAAAACGGAGGAGCUAAAGAAAAGAAGUGCUCAGCCACAUAGAUGUGGGUAGAAUGAAAACCCACUUAAAGUUGCAAAUAAUUCCCAGAUUUAGGUUCUGGAGUUGAGCAUGUAAUAUUUCAUCCUUCCUACAGUUCUGCAGAUAUUUGAACUCCAAACAAAGAUUGAUAAACUGGCCAGUGUUGCAGCGAACAGCACAGAUUUUGAUAUGAUUAGAGGUAAGUAACAGAGACAUAUGACUAAAUGUGCUAAAAAAGGGGAUGGGGGGUGGGGGGUCAAUAAGUUCUUAUAUUCCAAAAUCUGUUCAUCAAGUGGCAAAAACAACACCUGUGCUAACUUGCAUGAUGAUGUUGUUAUGUGUCUUGUACGGCAGCACUCCAAGAUCAGCUAAACCAUUUAAUCGAGGGAAUUCAAGAUGAAAACAAUGAAAACACCAAACUGAGUGAGUCUUUUCCUAAUUAUCAGUCAAACUUGAUUAUCAUGUUAUUGGCCCUUUAUCCACGAAUCAGAAAAUGAAUCACAUUUCUUCUCUUAGUGUUUCACAUCUUGGCUCAACAUAAUGAAAUAGCAACACUGAAGAAGCAGGAAGAGAGUCAGCUCCAUGCAGAGCUGGAGAAAAUCAAAAGUGAGAAAGCAGUCUAUUGUACAUGUUGAAUUGAUUUUGUAAACUUCUUCUUACAUUUGGAGGAUUUAUAACUUUCUGUGUCUCUCAAAGGUCUGGAGGAUGAACUGGAGGACAUCAGAGAGCAGAUAAAAAGGAAGACGCAGUUGCUGAACUCCAGUGAUAUGAGAAUUGCUAACUUGUGUAAGUUGGUUUGUCAGUUUCUUUUAGAAAAAAUAAGGAUCAUUUAAUGGCAUCAAAUUGUUAUAAGUUGCUGUAUUAAUCUUUUGUGUUUCAGCGGCUCAGAUUGUGGAACUUCACCAGAAAAUCCAACCACUGCAAGACCAGAUAUCAGACCUGAAAGAAGUACACGCUGAGAACCUUGAAGGCAAUUCACAAAACACUACAGUUUCAUGGUAACAGGAGUCAAGUUAUGCAGAGACAGAGAAAUUAACUGAUGAUCUCUCAUAUUUCAGAACUUAAGGACAGACUCAAUCUGACAAAUCGACAACUGCAGGACAGUGAACAUCGACUCCAGGAUGCAGAUGCAAAAAACUUUAAAUCAAGUAAUUUUGUAGCCUCUUUUUCUUUAGCACUGUGUUGUUUGUUUCUGUUCUGUGCAAAAUAAAACUGCCGCUAUGUUUGUUUUUCCGAUAGUCAAGGAGAUUGCUGACCUAAAGACCAAACUGAAACAGGCUCAAAGACAGGGAUCCAGACUUGCUACAAGAGAUGUCAAUGGUUUGUUUGUUACUUUACUUAUAUUUGCUCUUUACUGUCAUCAACACAUCAUCUCUGUUACUUUGAAUUCUUACUAUGGGUCUUAUUGUUGUUCUCUGAGGCUCGCAUUUAAUUUUCAGGUUCUUUUUCUGAUAGAAGAAACAAACUCCCUAAAUCCUUUCUUCUUCAUCUGAAAGUGUGUUAUAAAUAAUAUCUUUGGUUAAUGGGGUUAUUGUUUGUGUCUCUGUCAGAGCUGAAACAACAGUUAGAAGCUCAGCAAAAGAAGAACCAAAAACUUGAAAAAACAAAUGAAGGUAUGAACUCUACAUUUCUAUGUCUUCAAGAAAUACAUUGUUGUUGUUCAUUGACUUGCCCCUGCAUUGUAGAGAUCAUAAAUCAAUCUCUUCAAACUGGUCUUGUCCAAGAUUUUUUCAAACAAGCAGCAGUGGAGCUUAAAGUAAAGAAACUUGGGUCUUGCUGAUCAAAAAAAAAUAUAGGCCCAUUUUAAAGCUCCCUCUUCAGGCCAAAAUUAUGGAAAAGAUAGAAGCUGAACAAUUGACUGCCUUCAUUGAUGCAAAUUCCAUCUUUGACACCUUCCAAUCAGGGUUCAGGAAAAAACACUCCACUGAGACUGACUCUCUGUGAAGUUUCAAGUGAUGUCCUGAUGGCAGCAGACUCUGGUCAAUAUACAGUCCUGGUAUUGUUAGAUCUUACUGCUGCAUUUGACACGGUGGACCACAAAGUCUUAAUAAAAGAUUCAGAGACAAUUUUGGGAUUACAGGUAUUGUUUUGAAUUGGUACAGGUCUUAUCUGACUGACAGGAGUUUUGUAGUUCAUGUCAACCAGUUAUUACCUGACUCAACAGGGCUAGGCUGUGGGGUUCCACAAGGAUCAGUCCUCGGCCCUUUUCUCUUUUUGCUUCACAUGACCCCUCUUGGACAGAUUAUCAGUGAAUUCAGUGAUGUCUCCUAUCAUCUACAGUAUAUGCUGAUGAUGUUCAGCUCUACUGCUCCUUCAAACAGAGCGAACUACAUCAAUUGGACAACUUAACUGCCUGUUUGACUGAACUCUGCCAAAACUGAAACCCUGAUCAUUCCCCUUCAUAAAGCAGCAUUUAGGUCAGUUAGGUCUCUCUGUCCAACUUAGCUUACGUAACCUGGGUGUUGUGUUUGACAAGGACAUGUCCUUGGACAACCACUGUAAACAGUUGGUGAAGAAUUGCUUUUAUCAUCUGUGGAACAUUGCAAAACUAAGGUCCAUGAUUUCAAGACCUGAAAUGGAGAUGAUAAUUCAUGCCUUUGUUUCAUCUCGCAAUGACUACUGUAAUGCUCUUUUCAUGUGUUUUAACAAAAACACUGUAAACUGUACUAAAUGCAGCUGCAAGGCUUGUAACUGGAUCGAAGAAAAGGGACCAUAUCACCCGAUUUUAUAUUCCCUACACUGGUUACCAGUUAAUUUUAGGAUUCCUUUUAAGAUUUUAGUACUUGCUUUUAGAGCCCUCCAUGAUCAAGCUCCCUCGUACAUCACUGAGCUACUGAGACCCUAUUCCCCCUCUCGUUCAUUAAGGUCAUCAGACCACAAACUCUUGGUGGUCCCUCGCGCCCGUUUUAUAACACAAGGUGACUGCUCUUUCCAGGCCAGUGCCCCUCACCUCUGGAAUGCCCUACCAUUGACCUUACGUAGCAUAUAGGCUACUGAACGUUUUAAGAAAGAACUUAAAAUCUUUUUAGACAGGCUUUUAACUGAUGUUGACGUUGUGGGGCCUCUGGGAGGUGCUUGUAUCUGUGCCAUUAUAUGUAUUGAGUUUCUCUUCAUAGAUUUUAUCUAUGAAAGUGCUAUAUAAAUUAAAUUUACUUUACUUACUUACUUUAUGUGAAUUAAACUUAUUUGCUGUCUUCAGAAAGCUGGAACUGAUGUCUGCGGGUCAUAAUUCUACAGUAUAAAGCCGAUUACACUAGCUGUGCACUAAAACCAGAAAUAUGGGGACACAGCAGAUAUGAUGGUGUUCACAGUGAACAGGGUGUAUUGUGUUUUUCAGAGAUAGAUUGUUCAUAUUGCAAAACAACUUCACAACACUGAUUAGAGAUAAAUGAAAGUUUCCAAAAACUGUCAGGAGUUCAUGUUUAAAAAGAGUUACUUUUCAGUGAUACUGGCCUUCUGCUGUAGCUUAACAAGAAAAUGGAUCAGAUUAUCUCUUUCACUUGUAUACUUAAUAUAACUCCCUCUUUAUUACUUGUUUUUUAACCUUCUGAACAUACAUCAUUGUUUAAACCUUUGACCUCCUCCAGAGUUGAAGCACGAAAUCCAGGAACUGAAAACAUGCUGCUCUGAUCAGGACACCCAGUGUGAAGGUGAGACCUUAGAUAUUUUCUUUUUUUUUCAAUUUUACGUUCUGUCAUUAAAAAAAAUCAUUUCAUCAUCAUCACAUCAUUAUACUGUGUUAAAAAUAUUUCAACAAUUGUGAAAAGAAUCAAGAAAUACAGUGGACAGAUUAAGCCUGUGGGGACAGUUAUUUGAUGUAAAAAUCAGUUUCAGAAUAAUAAAAAUCACACUGACAGCAAAAAAAUAAAAGUAAUACUCCCCAUUCAAACCUGACCUAAUCCACACACACACACACACACACACACGCACACACACACACACACACACAAACAAGGAUUUUAAUAGGAUUUGAAGAUGCAAAUUUCAAGGUUUGGAUGGUGGUUGUUUUUACAUAAAAUAUAGAUGGAAAGAUUGACUUUAUGAUCCUGUUCUAGGGAAAAUUAGGUGACAAAGUAAAUGUAUAGUAUGAAUGCACUCACACAUAUAGUGUCAAAUAUAUUCAUCAAAGAUGAAAAAGGAGUUAAAUAUUAAACAGAUUAAGAUGUUGAUGUUCAGUGAUUGAGUUUUUUAACUGUAUAUCUCAACAAACAGAUAUACAAACAGAGCUGGAUCAGAGCCACAAGGAUACAGAUCGCCUGCAGCAGCAACUUCAAGACAAGGAUACAAACCUCAAACAGCUGCAGCAGGAUUUAGCAGAACAAACCAGGAAGACUCACGUCUUGCAGAAUGAAUAUAGCAGUAAGUUUACCCCUGGACAUGAAAAAUAAAGUUUAUCUGUUGAGUUUGUGUGCUUUAAAGAAAUAUCAAUAAUGAAAAUUGGGUGACAAGUUUAAUUUUAGGGUUGUUUUUAACUUUUUUAAACAGAAUUGAGAGAACAGCAGCUGAGUCAGGGCUGCACUGAUCUGCAGCAGCAGCUGGAUGAGAGGGAUGCUAGGCUAAAACAGCUGCAGGAGCAGUUUGAAAACCGGACCAGGGCGUACAACAAGCUGCAGGAUGACUUCAACAGUAAGGCUGAUUCUGUAGAAGGACUCAUGUAUGUAGAUGCACUUUUUAAAAUCCCAGCAGAAAAUGUUAACCUUUUCUGUUUCUCUGCUAGACCUGGAAAUUAAGAAGAACCAAGUUCUGGAUGACAUGCAAAGUAAGUAUAAAUUCUGCUUGAUAUAGUGCAGGGAGUAUACAGAACAAAAAUAUACAGAGUAAUAAUAACUUUAUUUAUAUAGCACUAUUCAAAACAGAGUUUCAAACAGAAGGAGAGGAAGAAUAUACAGCAGCAGACAUGAAUACCAUUUCCAAAACAAUCAGUCAAUAGGAAUAAUAUAGAAUUCAAUAAAAGAUUAAACCAUGUUAAAAGUUUUUAAAAUCAGUAAAAAAAAAAGUAAUAAUGAUUAUAAUAAUAAAAUAAAUAAAUAAAAUAAGUGUAAAAAAAUUAGACUUUAUUCAAAAUUGAGAGCUCAGAGCUGAGUUAAAACUCAUAUCCAGUAAGAGCACACAUAUAAAAAUGUUUUUUUUUAACAAGUUUCAAAAGAGGAUAAGGAACUUGCCAGUCUGAUUUCCUCGGGCAGUUUGUGCCAGAGAGCGCGAGCCCCAACAGAAAAAGCUUGGUACCUCUUGGUCCUCAGCCCGGACUGAGGAAUAACCAGCAGACCCUUGGCUAAGGACCUCAGGGUAUGACCAGGUUUGUAAGGUUUGAGGAGAUUAGCAAUGUGCUUCAAGUCGUAUCCGGAUAGUGCUUUAAAGGUUAUCAUUUAGAUCUUGAAAUCAACACAAAGAUUAACCGGGAGCUUGUGAAUGGACUAGUUAUAGUUUAAGUCUCUGCUGUGGUAGACAGGAAUCUGGGGACUUACAGUAGUCCAGGCGAGAGGAGAUGAAGACAUAUAUGAUUGUGUCAAGGUGUUCUCAGGAAAGCAAAUGACUUAUUUUGGAAAGUCUCCUGAGCCAUAAAAACAUGAUUGAACCAAUGAAUUUGACAUGCUUCUCCAGAUUGAGGUUGUUAUCAAAAUGACUCCAAAAGUUUUGCAGCUGUCAAAAAUGUCUGCUGAGAGAGGCUCUACAUGUUCAGUGAUAUGGGUGUGUGCAGUGUCUAGGCCAGUUAUGAUUUCCUUUGUGGUGUUCAUGUUUGGCUGGAGAAUCCUGUGGGCCAUCCAGUUUUUAAGGUUGGUUAGAAAGUAAGGAGAUGUGAUAUGGGUUGUCAUAGCCAAAAGAGAGAUGAAGCUGGGUUUCAUCAGCAUAAAAGUGAAAAUCAAUGCAGUGUCUAUGGCUUACAUGUCCAAGGGGCAACAUAUAAAUUAAAAACAGGAAUGGACCCAGAACUGACCCCUGAGGCACCCCACAAGACCAAUUAGCACUGGAUGACAGUGAGUUGGUAAUGACAACACUAAAAGACCUCCCUGUUCAAUAAAAAUAAAACCAUUCAAAGCUGAUCCAGAGACAUCAACCCAGAGUUCAAGACGUUGAAGCAGAAUCAAAUGGUCAACAGUAUUAAAUGCAGCACUUAAGUCUGAAAGGACUAAAAUCAAAGAUUUACCACUUUCUGCAGCCAUCAGUAAAUCAUUUAUUACUCUAAGCAGAGCAGUCUCUGUGGUGUGGUCUAGCGAAAAGUCUUCAAAGGUGAAUUACUAAUCAGGUGUGUCAUUAACUGAUUUGCAACCACUUUUUUGGAACCUUGGAGAGGAAUGGCAGGUUGGAAAUAGGUCUAAAAAUUUUUAAUGCAUCAGGGUCUAGGGGUGGUUUUUUGAAAGUCUGUUCAAUGAUUGCAGAUUUUUAAAGCAGACAGAACAGAACAAGUUGAUAUAGAGUUAAUUUUUAUCUGUGAUCUUUCUAUCUUUUCAGGACUGAGGGAGAAAGUGGCAGGUGUGUUGGAAAAUAUGAUCCAUGGAGGUGAGUUUAUAAGAUAUUUCUCAAAUUCUCUGGCUGAAAUUUCUUCGAUGUUCAUUCAUUUCACUUCUGCUAAAUAAAUGUAAUUUUCUAACUCGAUGACCAAUAACAGACACUCUUUAUCAAACACUGUAAACUGCAGGCUUGGUGAGGUAGAGUCUGAGAGAGAGAAAUACAGUAUAGUUGGAGCAGUAUGCUUAACUUUGAAGGGGCACUCUGAACUUUACACAUUAGAGCUACUUACUCAAGUUAGUACUAUGAUGGACUGUAUACAAAGUUUGAUCAAGCCUACAUGUCUGAAAAGUAGGCUUUGGCUAGUGGCAACAAAAAUAAAAGUUUGCUUGUAAGUAAAUUAGUCUCUUGGGAAUUGUCUGAUCUUUAACUCAGUAUGUUUAGAAUGAAACUCAUUGUGCUUUUCACAAACCAAGCUCUUUUAACUCUGUAAAACUAACCCUUUGCCUGCAAGAAUAUGAAACAAUUCUGGCUUAUUUUUAGCCUGCUACACGAGAAGACCACCAGAUAGUUAGUUGGAUAUGGAGGGUCCAACAAAAGAUGUCAGGCAGUUACAUUUUACUAAUGUAGUUUAGAGCCGUGUUUUGGCAAAAAACCCUAAAAUACGAUUAAAAUUUAGAUUGCUAAGCCUUUGCCAUUUCAGUUUUGACCAAAUGCUUCAAUGAUCAGUCCAUGUGCCAUUUCUGUGUUUACAGAGACGAUAAACAUGGAUCCAGACACAGCACACAAAAGAAUCAUUCUGUCUCGAAACAACACUGAAUUGAACAUUGAUGCGGAAAAUCAAGAUGUGGCUGAUCAACCAGGCCGAUACGACGUCUCUCUGGCUGUCCUGGGCUCUACUGGUUUCUCAUCUGGCAGGCAUUACUGGGAGGUUUCUGUGGCUGGGAGACUUUGUUACCACAUUGGGAUGGCCAGUGAAUCAGCUAAAAGAAGGGGGACAAUAAAAUUCAGGCCUUCAAAUGGUUACUGGACCAUAAUCCAGGACAGGCAGGGUCAGUACAUAGCUAAGGACAGAUUAAAUGUUCGUCUUCCUCUUCAGACGAGGCCUCUUUCACUUGGUAUUUUGCUGGACUAUAAAGAGGGACAGAUCUCAUUUUUUGACCCCGAGGCCAGGUCUCAUAUAUACUCUUUUGUGAGUCAAAAAUUUUCAGGCAAAGUCUUCCCAUUCAUCGGUUUUUGUGUUGAGGAUGUUGAAAGUCAGACUCCAAUGGUGUUACAUACUCCUGGAUCAGUUGACUGGUUGGAAUAG